UUUUGCGCCGGACGCUGCUGGGCGUGUAUUGUGGUGUUGGCUGUGCGAGCAAGUUGUCUGUGGUCAUCAUGGCGCAAGAAUUCACAACAGAAGACAAACUUGAAUAUCAGUUCAACCCAGUGACAGCAGGGUCCCUGCACUUCAAGGUUCGUGCACCUAACGAUGCACAUGUGGCCCUGACCACUGGCUCCACUGAAGGGAAUCCGAUGUAUGAGAUUUUCAUUGGAGGUUGGGGAAACACAAAGACUGCCAUCAGGCGAAACCGUGAGAAGCCAGACAAGGCAGUGGCAGAGACACCUGAUAUUCUGAGUGAUGCUGAGUACCGCGGCUUCUGGAUACGCUGGGCAGGAGGAUCUGUGGCUGUGGGCAAGGAAGGUCAAGUGGCCCCUUUUGUGGCUUGGGAUGACCCUGAACCUUUUGGUAUUGGCUACUAUGGUAUCUGCACUGGGUGGGGAGCAUCUGGCUCAUGGAUAAUAGAAGGUGGUGCCGACGUCACUACGAUGGACAAUUUGCAGUACAGUUACCGUCCUGUGCCAGUGGGUGGAUUACACAUUGAAGUGCGUGCCCCUUCCAAUGCUCAUAUUGCUCUUACAUCAGCCAAUCAUGAGACGGAACCUAUGUAUGAGGUUCUGCUCGGAGGCUGGGAGAACACCGCAUCUGUCAUUCGCUACAAUCGUCAGAAACCAGACAAGGUUCGGGUAGAUACACCUGGACUGUUGACCAACAGCGACUUCAGUCGCUUCUUCAUAGAAUGGCAUAAUGGCCACUUGAAGGUGAAGAAGAACGGUACUCUGCUGAUAGAGUGGCAGGAUCCUAGCCCGUUUGGCAUUUCACACUUUGGCGUGCGGACAGCUUGGGGUGCUCAGGGACACUGGAGGGUCAAAACAUUGGACCCUAGUGCAGUGCCAGCAAGCCAGCCCGGAUGGAACCUGCCCCCCACAGCCCCAUCUGGGGGUACAGCCUGCUGGGUGGAUGCUCAAAGGGGUGAAGUUCCCCCAAAUGCUGUCCCUGGAGGGUUUGACAAUGAACAGUUAUAUGUGGGACGAGCAAGUCAUGAGGGUGCUCUGAUCCCUGGCAAGAUUGUUCCUUCACAUGGAGUCUGCUAUGUCGCAUGGGGAGGACAGGAACAUGGAAAGGAGGAGUACCAGGUACUGACUGGGUGUGAAGCUGCAUGGGUGCCAGCUGCCGGUGGGAAGUUGCCUGAUGGAGCUCUGCCAUCUGGUGAGACAGAAGAUGGUGAACCACUGUUUGUAGGACGAGCAUCACAUGAGGGAACCUUGACAGUUGGCAAGGUUCAGCCCAGCCACAGUGUGUGCUACAUUCCAUAUGGUGGACAAGAGUUGGCCUACCCUGAGUAUGAGGUGCUGGUGGCCAAGUAAUGGCCAGUUGUACUUUCCUUCAUCACUUCUCCAUAGCCACAGUGACCUGGGAACAUGAAUGUUAUGUUCUGCAUUGUAUGCUACAAUAAUGUUGUAUCUUAGAAAUGAAUUAUUCUCAUCUAGCAUUCUACAAAAUAGCAUACUUUUUUGAUGUAACAUUAAACAUGAUAUCAAGACAGUUUGGUUGAUAUGAUUGUAACAUAUAAUUAAAUGUAUUCUCUUCUCUUUUCUUACGGUUGAAGUGGUGAUAGGAAUUAAUGUCUAAGUGCCCUGAAAAUUGACAGGCAGUACCAGCCUGCAUCAUACCUCUGAAGCUUGUUAUUAAUCACAGAGUAAUGGCGUGUUAAAACUGAAUACCACUAGUAUGUGCAGCUAUUUUUAGAUACACGUGUUGUGCAUUAUUAGAUACUACAAUGAACAUAGUUUGAACUGAAGCCUACACCUGCCUUCCGUGUUGUUUUUUCAGCCAACACUAACUGAAAUGUUUUUGCUUUGUUAUGUUUAUAUAUUUUUCUUGAGACUGCAUUAAAGUAUAAAAUGAUUUAAACAUA